CAAUGUGUGUUUGAGGGAUUCCGGCGCGCGCAGACUUUCCUGGAACCUCGACUGAAAAACAGCAUGCAAACCCCAGGCAAUCUCAACAGCCGACAAUUCAACAGCCCUUCUCAACCAGAGAAUCUAAAUACUCCCUCCCUUCAGCAAGCAUAGAAUACAUAUCAGAGAGGCAUGUCCUUCGACAUCGAAGCCGCGGACGUCAUCCGCCUCAUCCACCAAUUCCUCAAGGAAAACAACCUCCCCCGCACCCUCGCCGCCCUCCAAUCCGAAACCAGCGUCUCGCUCAACACCGUCGACAGCGUGGACACCUUCACAGCCGAUAUCCUCGCCGGGCGGUGGGAUGUAGUCCUCAAAACCAUCUCCCAACUGAAAAUCCCACAGCGGAAACUGGUUGACCUCUAUGAGCAGAUCACUCUGGAGUUGCUGGAGAUGCGGGAACUGGGCGCGGCGAGAUCGCUGUUGAGGCAGACGGACCCGAUGCAGUUCUGUAAAGACCAUUACCCGGAUCGGUACCUGCACCUUGAGCAUCUGCUCAGCAUGACGAUGUUCGAUGAGAAGGAGGCGUACCCGCACGAUGGGAGUAAAUCCAAACGGCGGCAGGUGAUCGCGCAGGCGUUGGCGGGGGAGGUCUCCGUUGUCGCUCCCGCACGGUUGCUGGCAUUGCUAGGGCAGGCGCUCAAAUGGCAGAACUCGCAGGGAUUGUUACCCACCGACACGGCGUACGACAUGUUUCGCGGGGCGGCGCCGAUGGCGACCGCGGAGGAGGACGCGAUACCCGAGGAUUGCUAUAAUACGAUCAAGUUUCCGAAGAAGCAGAUGGCGGAGUGUGUGGCGUUCUCACCCGGUGGGCAUUACCUCGCGACGGGGAGCAUGGACGGGUUCAUUGAGAUUUGGAACUACAUGACGGGGAAAUUGCGGAAAGACCUACCGUACCAGGCGGCUGAUAACCCGAUGCUGAUGGAAUCGGCUGUGCUGUGUCUUGCGUUCAGCAGGGACAGCGAGACGCUUGCGAGUGGCGGGCAGGAUGGGCGGAUUAAGGUGUGGAAAGUCGCGACGGGGCAAUGUACUCGCCGUCUUGUCCCCGCCCACGCACAGGGUGUCACUUCCGUCGCGUUCUCGGCAGACGGGACGCAGCUACUCAGCUCGAGCUUCGACAUGACCAUCCGCUUACACGGCCUGAAAUCAGGCAAACUGGUCAAAGAGUUUCGCGGCCACACGUCGUUCGUCAACCACGCUAUAUUCCUGAUGGACUGGACCAAGGUGAUGAGUGGAAGCUCGGACGGGACCUGCAAGAUCUGGGACGUCAAGACGACCGAAUGUGUGGGUACAGUUACCCUGCAUGAGGGGAAAGCGGUCUCGAGCGGUGUGAACACCCCGACGAUCAACAAUCUUUGCAUCUCGCCCCGGAAUUUGGACCAUAUUGUUGUGUGUAACAAGAGCCCGUAUGCGUAUGUCGUCGAUGGGCGCGGGAAGAUCCAAAAAACCCUAACCCUCCUGUCGGACACACGCCCAACAGCUCCCUCCUUCAUUCACGCAACCACCACACCCAAAGGCGAGUACAUCCUCCUCGCGGCCGAAGACGGCCACGUGUACGCGUUCCACUCCGAGAGCGGGAAGCUGGUCAGCGGGUGGAAGGUGUGUGCAGAGGGGGCGGAGGUGAUUGGCGCUGUGGGGCAUCCGGCGGCGAACGUCGCUGCGGUGUGGUGUGACGAUGGGGUGGUUGGGUUGUGGAGGCAGUAGAAUCUGAUGGAAGGGGUAACCCCCGGUGGAAAGGAAAUGGGCGCGUUGGAGGGACAGCACAUGGUGCGAAAGGAAACGGAAAACAAACCGCGCAGAUGGAACAAAAGCGUUGGAUCGGACGACGCAGCCCCUCCACAACACUUGCGAAACCC